GAGCCUGACUUACAAGACUUGAUAGAAUACUUACAGACUGAUGAUACCACACUGAUCGUAAAUGCCGCUAACUACCUGCAGCAUCUCUCGUAUAGUGAUGAGCAAGUCAAGGUUAAAGUACGGUAAGUUCGUCAGGCAACAAAAUUUUUCAUUGUAAAAUUGACAAAAGACAAAUUGUAGCCGCAACGUUCGCCCGACAGCUUGUAAUUGGCUAAGAGAUUUCUUGCAGUCCCGAGGGUUGUUUCGCGCGUGAGUUUAGUCGGCCCAGGGAAGAUAUUUUACUCGGAGAGUGUACUAGUUCAGCAAUGCCAGGCUAUUACAAGCGCUGCUUAGUUGAAAGUUUUAUUCAAUUAUCACCACUGAGAGUUUCAGUUGUGUUGUAAGUUUACUUUGGAAGGAUGUCAGGGUACCUAGCAUUAUGACCUGCAGGGUAGGCGCUGUUGGGCACGAGUUAAACGAUACGCGUGCCAGAGGAUGACACGCGCCUUCUCCUCUCUCGCGGGUCGUUCUUUUUUGCACCCUAAAUUUUUCAUGGGCCUUUUACGGGGUCUAUGGUAGUAACAAUUCACCUUGUUUAUGUUACUGUUGUUUGUUUUAUAACAGUGAGCUUGGUGGCAUCCCAGUUUUAGUACGUCUUCUUGACCACGAAUUAGAAGAAAUUCAUCGAUCUGCUGCGGCCUGUCUAUUAAAUUUAUCCUACAGUAAAUCAAGAGACGAAAACAAGGUAAUUAUCCUAUUUUCAAUGUCGUGUUGAUAGAAUGUUCGAGCUACAUCAGCGACUUCGUUUAGUGAAGUAUUUUCUUUGUUAACUUUCUCACUGACAGGGCUCCCUUAACAGGAGUGACAAUUUUAUAUAAACACACGGUUUAACCGGCAUGAGAUGGUCGUUUUCUACGCUCCAUGUGACAUUGGCGUAGUCGUGUUAGACGAGUCAUAUUCGAUUGGGAUUAGUUCUGUAGGAAACUGUGUUGCGUCGAUGGGAAAGCAAAACUCAAAACUAGGGGACCCUCUUUGGAAAGUCCCUUUUAUUUUCGAAUAUAGCGCAACAUUAUAUACAGAAGAUCCAUAAUUACUUAAUUAAUCCAUCACUGUGAUGCAUAUACGCCUGCGUGUCUUUGAUUACUUGGCUUUUGAACCAAACAUUGCAGAAAUUUUUUCCCACGUUAUCGAGACUUUGAAAAAACGACCCCCUGGUUUUAGACUGCGGAAAGUCUCUCUCUUUCGUCAAAUUUAGUGAGGGGAUUGCGAGGUUUCGCUCCUUCAGUCACGCGCCUGGUCAUUUUUGUGUCCUCCGCGUUUCGCUCGACGGACUAACAAAAAAGAGACACUGCUCGUCGACUACAUGGUUCUAUCAAGUUGGCAGUGUAAAUAGAUUCAAAAGGUUCGCAUUGAGCCUUGUUUUCUCACAAUUCUUUAUUUGUGUGUUUUUUCUCAUUCAGCUGGCCAUUGCUCAUUGUUACGGUAUUGAAGCUUUAAUUCGAUUGUUAAAAAGAACAAGAAAGGACGAGGUAAGCAGUCUGUGUAGUUUAACUUCUGUUUGUGUGUGCAAUCAAUGAACUUAGUGACAGACAAGUGUAUAUUUUGUCUCUUGAGAUGAGAAAAUGUUCGUGUUAGUAUGGUAUCAGUGUUUAAUGGUUGACGGUCGUUCACUUAAUUUUUAAAUUUGUUCCAGGUGAAAGAACUGGUGUUAGGAGUUUUAUGGAACCUUUCAUCGUGUGAAGUAAGUUCUUCUAAGUUGUAAUUGUAGCACCUCCUAAGCUUUGUAGACGCCAAAGAUAUCUUUUCAGUAUUGUCGAGGAAGAAAUAUUUAAGUAGAGUUUAACUUAUGGGCAGCUCCAUGCUGUGUUAAAAUAAAAAUAUGUCUAUUGCUGGAGAUGACUGAUGAGCGUCCAAGGGAAAGAUAGUGAAGUUAGUCAUUAAUCUCCCUCUUUGUUUAUUACGGUGAUAGUGUGUGCUCUUUUCUCGCGGCAUAAACUGUUAAUGCCACACAUGUUUUAAGCUUUUUUUUUUCUUUCCUCCAACAGGAUCUCAAGCUUCGUAUCAUCGAAAUAUGUCUGAUUGUCCUAGUAACUAUAAUAAUUAUACCGUAUUCUGGUUGGACCAAAACCGCUGCCCAGAGUAACGCGCCGAUCCCGUCAAUUAAAUGGUCGACCGUCUUCCGUAAUGCCAGCGGUGUUCUUAGAAAUGUGUCCUCAGCAGGGCCUGAGGCAAGACGAGUUAUGAGGGACUGUUAUGGACUGGUGGACUCCUUUGUGUGGAUCAUUAAGGCGCCUAUUGGAAAAACUGAUAUUGAUAAUAAGGUAACGAAACAGGAAGGAAAUAUUGUUCUCUUAUUGUUCUCUUAGUCUUAGGUGACGCUCAGUCACUUGAGCACUUUAUCACGGAAUUGACUGGAAAUCAGUUUCAAAAUAACUGCUAGCUAACUGCUGCUAAAAACAACAACAAAAAUAACGAACUCGGUUGGGGAAAACGGAAAAAGAUUCAAGCGGGUUGUAUUCUGGUAAACUUGAAAACGUUUGUGAAAGUGUGACGUUUGUCAGUUCACCGACUUAUUGGAAUGUAAAAUUUUGGGCUCGUUUUCACAUAACUUUACGGCGGCCAUCUUGGUGUACAAAACAAUUAAACAGCGGCCAGGUUGGUGUACAGAAAAUCAUUAGGGGAUUUAACUCUUUUCUUAUGUAAAAAUUUCCUUUUGUUCCAAGAAUUGUGCACACCUGCAGCCUGCUGGUCACGUGACUGAAAACGCUCUAUUAACAAAAAAGACAAAAGAUUUAGGUAAAAUAAACUGACCAGGUCUGCUAACUCUCUCCUAUGGUGUGAUUAUUGAAAUUAAACCUCUUCGGCAGUACUUUCACAUGGUAAAUUUUUGUUCCGCGUAGUUUACAAAAUGAAAUGAGGGAAAGUUUUACUUCGAUCACUGUUAUCAGUGGAGAGUCAAGGUUACUUAUCUUUAUUGCUGUUUUAGUCUGUAGAGAAUUCCGUCUGUAUUCUUCGCAAUUUGUCAUAUCGUCUGGAAAACGAAGUUGACAGAGAAAAAUAUAAGGACGCUUCUAUGAUUGAACCAAGCCGCAAGGAACCCGAGAAACCCGAUCCGGGCUGCAUGGCAGGCUGCGGAGGUGCAUCAAAGAAGAAAAAGAAGGGAACAAUCAAAGAAUCGGAACAGCCUCAAAUUAGAAGAGACCCGGUCGAAGGAGUCGAGUUACUAUGGCAACCGGAGAUUGUCAAAUCAUAUUUAUCUAUAAUGGCAGAAUCGUCAAAUCCUGAGACGUUAGAAGGCUCGACUGGCGCUGUACACAAUUUAACGGCUUGUGGAUGGCGGGUAAGACAAAUUUCACUUGAUGGAAGUUCCUCCCUCUCUUCGUCUUUGUACUCUCUCUCUCUCUUCUGUUUGUGCCGUAACGUAACGGUUUCCCUGGAAUAGGCUUGUUGCGUGACGACCAAAAUAAUGCUUGUGUUGAAGACCAUGUAACUUCCUCUUUCUGACCAUUGCAUCUGUAUAAAGGAAGAAAGGAAAAAGGCAUGCAGCGGGUGUUUUACGCCAAAUACCAGGCUCCUUUUGCUCAGAAACGGCACACUUAGGUUAAAGAGCUACCUUCGUGUUUAAGACAUUAUGAACAGUGCUUCAAGUUCAAGAUCGUUCUACUCUUUAUAAUAACAAUUUUGCAUCAGCCCGCACCGCUCGAGAUUAUAAUAGUGUACGAACUAACAGGAUAUGUGGUGGGCAAUGGAGCGUGGAGAGUGUUGGCGAGUAACCGCGAACAGACGGGAAGGGACGAAAGGCAAUAAAAAAGAAGCGAGCGGCGAAACCCGACAGCUCGUAACUUGAAAGCGAACCCCACACACGACAGCUUGCUCGCCUGCUAUUGCAAGCGCUUAUAGCAACACUACCCCACUCGUUUGUAACUGUAGAGAGUGUUUUGACAUUUUUCCCGCUUUCCUGAUACUCUGAUGCAAUCUAAACGCGUUGAUUUGCUUAUGUUUUCGUUUUGCAGUGGUCCAUGGUAGCGCGUUCCGCUGUGCGGAAAGAGAAAGGUCUUCCCAUUUUAGUGGAACUUUUACGAAUGAACUUUGAUCCUGUAGUAAGGGCUGUUGCUACUGCUCUUAGAAAUCUUGCAAUUGAUCCAAGGAACAAGGACCUAAUAGGUUUGUAUAAGCAUCUGCUGCAACGUGUAUUACGGACAAUGUCACAAAGUGGUUCCCUGUCCUGUCUGCUGUCUGCCAAGGGAUGUAGGCCUUACCCGUUAGAUAUUUUAAGCAGCGGCUGACUUCAGGAGAGUUUCGUCUUCAUAGUCAGCGGGAGAAUGUCAAACAUGAAACAUUCCUUAUAAAUCAAGCUUCUACGGAGCUGUGUCUCGUAAUUUAUUUUAAAAAAUAACUAACAGUUGGAACUGCCAUUAAAUUGAGUGGAACAAAAAAAUAACAUAUCAAAAUAUGAAAAGAAGGUAUAAAUAAAGCAGCAGUUACAAAGGGAGGAAAGGAUGGACAAACUUGAAGAAGAUAAAAACGGAUUGCAAUUGUGGGUUUUUGAAAACUUGUCAGCCUAACAGUUUUUAAGGGUUCAUUUUGUUGUUUGUAACGUUUGAUAUGAUGCUUGGGAGGUACAUUUGUCGGACAAGAAGCUGUGCAGUGUUUUUUGUUAUUUAUAAAUACUUUCUUCGUUAACGUCAAGUUCUAUACUGUAUAAGAAAGCGUAAUUGGCAAUAUUGACAAAAAUGAACUAAACGGUCGUGACACAGCCCCUUAAGAACCCAAAUAUUUACGCUUGUAAACAGUGCAUGUUUUUAGUAUUUUUUCAAGUUGCUACCUUUGGUGCCUGUAGGUAAAUACGCUACAAAGGAUCUUAUUCACCGUCUCCCUGAUCCUGAAGCACCCAAUGACAGAGUUGAAGAGAACACAGUCGGCGCAAUACUAUGUGCUGUUCAUCAGGUGGUCAACAAGAGCAUCCCAAAUUCAAAGUAAGACACCUACAAACAGCCUGCUUUUAUAAUGCUGUGGAAAAACGCGAAAAAAAAAAACAACAACAACAAAACAACUACUGCUACUACAAACAACCAACAUUGAAAUGGGCGCGGUACCUAGCCCACAAGAAAAGGAGAGAAACUUUUGAAAGUUGAGAUUUACUCAGGAUAUACCAUAAAUUUGUAGAUGUUUAAGUAAGAAAUUUUUGAGUGUCUAAACGGAGUUCUUUAUACUUUCGGUUGCCUGGUAGGGAACUAGGCAAAAUGCAUUGUUAUUUGGUUAAAGUAAGUGUGUAAACCGGAACUUAUAUUGAAGGAAGUCCAUGGUGUUUUAGACGUAUUCUGUCCCGCGUCUGUACAAAAUAAGAUAGGGCACAAAGUCAAGGAAACGCGCCGGCAACCAGACCUAUCGGCCAUUUUGACGGGGUCGACUUGCACUAUGGGAUUGUUUUUGGGCCAGCUUGUGCGCAACUUCGUAAUAGCCAAUGAAAACAGUGCUAAUGUUGUCCCAAAACAGUCCCAUAAUGCAGUUUGACGCAACUUCAAAAUGGCCUAUCUUAUAGCAGUACCACCGCGCAGACUGAGUGCCAGCGUGCAGUGUCUGUUGUAUUGAUAUAAUUCUGUUUUUACUUCUCUUCAGACACGUGCGCAGUGUUGGAGGACUAAAGAAGAUUGUGGCGAUAGCGAAGUCGAGGGACAGAUACUCGCCAAAGAUAGUCAAAACAGCUAACCAGGUAUGUUUAUCACCAGUUAUCGAUAAUAACAACGAAUAUGACGAGAAAGUUAUCUUUUGAUGAUACCGAUUACUAUGCGACUAUCCUUGGCUUAAGGAACACAAAGUCAAAAACAGGAGGUAGCAGGCCGCAAUUUCCUUGACACUGAUAUAGAAAGAAGCCUCAACCUGCAUUUCCUACUGUAACGAUGCAAAAGGAUUUUCUUAACUCCUAGAGUGUGAAGAGGAUAUGCUAACGUUUCCUUCGAAAAGAAAUCGGCUGAAAAUAAAUAAGAGACCAGCGGUUUCCGUGAAAAAAUUGAUGCAGGUGGAAUACUAUUUUUCGCGGUCGACUCACAGACCUAUUUUCACUCGUUAUUUUGUUUGUUUGUGUGUGUGUGUGUGUGUGUGUGUGUGUGUGUGUGUGUUUUUUUUUGCUUUUUUUAAACGCUUUUUUCCUUAUAAUCAAAAAGUUUUAAGUGGUCAGGUUUUUUGGUUUAUUCGUCUCCAAUUUUUUUCUUCUUCUUGCAGGUUUUAAUAACAAUUUGGAAUCUAGUGCCUCUUCGAAGUUCUCUGAAAAACGAGGGCUGGGAA